AUGAAGACCCACCAGAACCCAGAGUGCUCCCCCCCCAACACUUUCUCCCUCGAGCAGCUGGCCGCGGCACUGCGGUUGGUGACGGAGCUGGGAGCCGUUGAUUCCACGACUGUCCCUCCUGUGCCCCCCGCGUCCCCUGCGCCCGCCGCCGUCCCUGCGCCUGCCGCCGUCCCUGCACCUCCCGCCGCCCCUGCGCCUGCCGCUGCUUCUGCGCCUGCCGCCGCUUCUGCGCCCGCCGCCGCCCCUGCGCGCACUGCGGGCCCUGUACCCGCCGUCGCCGCUGCACCUACGCGCACUGCGGUCCCUGUACCCGCCGUCGCCGCCGCGCCUCCUGCCCUCGCGCAUCGCAGGGUUCUUGUCGUGGUCCCCGAUGAUGACGAGGACGACGAGGACUACGAAUACGAUGUUGAUGAACGAGGUGUCGGCACGGAGCCCGGCCCCUGCGGCCAGCCUCUUGCUGCCACUCCGGUUGUUACUCGGUCGGGCUGUAGAGAAGUUGCACCUCGCCUGCCGUUCCCAAUGGCAGCGCCCCGUGCGGUGGUAGUGGACCACUUCAACCCCACUCCUUGCCGUUACUAUGCGGUCACGCGUGGUCUGGCGGUAGGCGUGUUCAACAACUGGCCCGCGGUCGCUCCGCUGGUCAUAGGUACGCCGAACUCAGUCUACCAGCGCUAUGCGACGUUCGCCCUCGCAAUGGCCGCUUUCCAGAGCGCCGCCGCCAGUGGCACCGUCGCUAUCAUCGCGCCGUAA